AUGGACACCAAGUUUUUGGUGCUCCUGGCCCUGGUCGCCUCGGCCACUGCUGUACAAUGCACUCUGCUCCUGGAAGAUCUGGGUACAAAGGAAAGCUUGAAAUUGUCCUGCACUAUAAUUAUAACAGAAUCAAAGUGCCACACUGUCUCCCCUACUUUCAACAAGACUAAAGAAGCUCCCAGUCUAUUCAUAACCUCCCCUUCUUCCCCCAACAGAGAAGAACAAUUUCGCCGAGGUGUAGAGGCCUCCGAGCUGAGGUUUUCCUUCCAAAACGGCGUCGUGGCUCAAAUCUGUUCCGGCCAAUCCGAGGAUGCCUGGGUGACCAACUUCAAGAAGGGAAUUCUCUCCAGCUUCCAGAACAGCAUGGAUGACCUGACGAAGGCCCAGAAUCUUACAGAGACUGAUGUUGCCGGCGAGUGCCGCACCGAGUACAAACUGGUCAGCGACGGCUACUACAGCGUCAGCAUCAAGAAGAGCAAGGACAUUCUGAGCUGUACCAAACGUCACCAGUACAAGACCAUGCUGCAGAUGUCUCCUUACAAUGUACCCUCUGAAAUUCAGUCCCUCCCGAUCAUGAAGACCACACACGAGUGUGAGCAGGACAUCCAGAAGGCCGGAGUUCUCAAAUCCAGCACGUGCACUGAGACUCACGUCUACAGGCCCUUCGCCAACGGAAACAGUGGAGGGAUGACUGAGGUCAAGCAGACCUUGACUUACAGAACGUCUCAAUCUGGAGGCAGAUCUCGCCCAGCCACCAUCAGAAGUAGGGACACUCUGGUCUUUGACCACUCUGCUAGCCUGCCAGACACCAAGAUGGCCCGUGUGGAGGCGGAAAGACGUCUGCGUGACAUCUGUGCCACGUCCCAGCAUGACGUCAGAUCAGAGUCCCCACGCCAGUUCUCCGAUUUGGUCAGUGCCAUGCGGUCACUCUCCCAGAAGGACCUGGAGGAUCUGCACAAACUGCUCAAGACCAAGUCUCUCUGCCCGGAAAACGAGAAGACCUUCAAAUUCUUUUUGGAUGCUCUGCCCCUGACUUCCACUGACGCAUCUGUGAAACUGAUGACGUCACUGAUCACCGACAAAGAUGUGAAGGGCAUGCUAGCUCAGGCCUGGAUCACCUCUUUGGGUUUCGUUCAAGCCCCGACAUCUGAUAUGCUUCUCAAUGCUAAGACCCUGGUGGACAGUGAGCACACAAGAGCGGAGUCCCUCCUGCCUGUCUCCUCCAUGGUCAACAACUACUGCAGGAAGAUGACGUCAUGUGACCAGGACUACGCCGUGCUCAGCGUUAUGGCCUCCCUGGAGAGGGACAUUGGCUACUACUGCGACGCUUCUGGAAAGAAUUUUGAAAAGGUCCUUCUGUCCCUGAGAGCCAUCGGGAACGCCGGACACGCCACCCGUGCCGCUGACGUCAUCAACAGGUGUCUGAGCGCCACUUCCAACCCGCUGGAGAUCCGGGUGACCGCUGCUGAAGCCUUCAGACGGAUGCCUUGUGGCGCUAAGGAAACUGAGCUGUGGAACACUUACGAGAACGGCGACCUUGACUCCGAACUCCGAGUGGCCGCCUAUCUAGCCCUGAUGCGCUGUCCCAGUGACGCAAUCCUGGGCAAAAUGGCCGCCAGUCUGGUCAACGAGGAAGAUGACCAGGUCGGAUCCUUUGUCUACAGCCACUUGACUAACCUGAGAGAGACCUCAGACCCACACAAGCAAGACGUCGCACGUGCUGUGAAAAACCUCGCCCUGGAAAAGGAGUUUGACCUGAACACCCUCAAGUUUUCCCGGAACUUCGAGGCUUCCACACUCCUCAACAAACUGAACACAGGAUUCACGGCCGAGAGCAACCUCGUCUGGUCCAGCGUCUCCCAGAUGCCCAGAUCUGUCACCGGAAAUCUGACCAUUGACCUGUUUGGUCAAGCCAUCAACUUGAUGGACUUUGGAGCUCGUCUUGAAGGGUUGGAGUACCUCAUGAAGAAUCUGUUCGGACCCUAUAUGCCAGAAGAGAAGAAAUUCAAGAGCCCCACGAAAGCAGAAGAUGUCGAAGGCUCCGUCUACGGUCGAGUCUUUGGUAACGAGAUGUUCUUCAUGCACAGCAAGACAAUGACUUCCCCCUUCAAGAAACUCCCCACAACCUGGCUGGACCUUCUUAUCCAGCUGUCCAAGAAACAAGACUACACCCUGACCCAGUCAGCUCAGUUUAUGGACGUCAGCAUGAUCAUCCCCACAACGGCCGGUCUGCCCAUCCACAUCGACGUCAACGGAACCGGCACUCUGGACCUGGUCCUCAGUGGAAAGAUGGACCUCCGCAAACUGGGCUCUUCUCCCCGCUCCCUGGACAUUGAUGGAGAAAUCCGACCAAGCGCUGCUGUUGAGAUCUCUGGAUCUAUGUCUGUGGACGCCAUGGUGACCAGGACAGGACUGCGCAUGCGCAACACUCUUCACACCAGCACUGCUCUGAAGGGUCGCGUACAACUGGAGAGAGGCCAACAGCUCAACUUGGAGUUGGACACCCCUGAGGACAAGAUGGAAAUCUUCAAUGCCAGGUCAAAGUUCUUCAUCCUCCACAACGACGUGGAACAGGAGCAGGCCAUGAUCACGGAGAACCGACAAGAGUUCAAAAUGUGCUCCGGUGGCCAGCUUGCCGAUUUGUCCGGAAUGGAGCUGUGUGGCGAGCUGACCUUCGCUAACGCGUCCAUGAAAACCACCGGCCCUUACUUUCCUCUGACUGGACCCACCUCUGGCAGCCUGACGCUUUACAAGAGAGACUCACACAAGGGCUACAAGAUCUUUGCCAAGCGUGUGGAGAACAAGAAAGCUAGCAUUGCCCAGAUUUCUCUGAACACACCGGGCUCAAAGGUGGAUCGUGCCAUCCUGCUAGAGAUUGACGUGGACUACCCCAAACAGUCUCUGGACGCCAUCAUGAGGACUCCGUGGAAAAAAGCUGCUGUCAGAGGAGUAGCCAUCAACAGCGACGAGCUGAAAAGCUUCACCGGCAGUGUGGUCAUCGAUGACGUCGACACGUACGCGUUGACCACUGAGGUGAAAGUGGACAAGAGCAAGGGCAAGCUCCAGCUGAGCCCCAUGGUUGAGCUGAGACGUGCCGGAGCGGAGAACGUGCAACUGACCGGUCACGUGACCCUCGUGAAGCCUUUCAAGUCCGCGGACGUUGACCUGUCUGUGUCCGGACUCAGCAAAAUGCCCUACAACCUCCAGACCUCUGUGAUCAACACGAAGAAAGAGAAGAGCAUCCAGGCAAGCUUCAGCCCUGACGGUCAGCGCCGAUACACUCUAGAGGCCAGCAACCAAGUGACUGUGAUGGGAAAGAAAUCGACUAUCGCCAUCUUGAAGAGUCUGCUCAAAGUGAACACGCCCACCAAGCAAGUGAUGUCCCUGACAGCUGGCGCCGACUACAGAGAGGCCAAGUCCCUGAAGCUGGACGGUACCCUGGACGUCUAUCGCCUCCUCAAGAAACCCGCCAGUGUCCAGCUUUCCCUUGUGAAAAGCGGCAAGAAGCGCACCGCCCGCUAUGACGUGGAAGGCUCUCUCAAGUCAUCUGGAGUGUCCGGCAAACUGGACAGUUACACCACCAUCAAGGACACGGGCUUCGUGUCCACCAAGAGCAUCCUGAGCUACAGCAUUCCCAAAGUGGCCAAGAACAAGAUCACACUGGGCGGAAAGCUCAACGACAGGAGCACAAAGUCCUACAAAAAGUACACUCUCAAGAGCACCCUCGACAUAGCCAAGAACCCCGAGUACAACCUGGGUCUUGAUCUCUCUGUGGACCACAAGAAAAAGCACAGCGAGGCUGAAGUGGAACUCAAGUACGGACCUAACCCUAAGGACAAGACCAAGAGGCUGUUCUGGUCUUCCUCUUUCACCAAGAAGCAGGCCAGCUGGAAAAACGCUGACCUAAGCUUUAAGAUGAACGCCCUGGCUCCUGCUCAUGGCGUGGACGUAAGUGUGAUGGGCCAGCAUGAGCACAACCCCAAGAUGCUUGACUCUAACGUCAUGCUCAAUUAUGGAGGAAAAGGAAAAGACCUGAGCGCCCAACUGGCCGUUAAAGACAAGAGCAGCAAACUGGCAAAGAUCAACGGCAAAGCAGUUGUUGCCUGGCCCGGCUCAGCCUAUACCCUGACCACCGACUUUGACCAGAAGUCUGAGAAAAAGUAUGUCCACGAGAUGAACCUGAAAGACAACAGUGGCAUGAAGCACGCAGUCACCACCAUCUACAAAACUCCCAAGGGAAACGCACACGAGUUGACAACGAAGUUCAUGCUGGAAGGCGUGAAACCAAUCACCGUAAUUGGAUCCACCAACCUUGACCUGAAGAAUUUUGAAGUCUCAGGAGAAAUCCAGAAAGGCACAGAUACUUACGGUCUUAAAACCAAGUCAAAAGUUUCUAAGGCUUCAAGCGCAAAUGUUGUUGUGGAACUGGUGUACCCUGCCAGGCGCAUGACCCUGCUCGUGGAUGGAGGCAAACAGAAGAACAAGUUCAACGGCCGUGUUGAGGCUGCUUGGGACGCAGACAAGGACAAGAGUCAGACGAUUGUGAUUGAUGGGUCCGGAUACAUGAAGGCAUCCAAGAAAUCCACGAGUCUGGGAGGCGACAUCAAGUUCAACUCACCUUUCGAGAACUACGAAGACAUCAUGACAGCUUUCAAAUACGGAAGUGACGACAGUCAGCAUGAUCUCAGUGGCAAGUUGUCGUGGGGUGGAAAGGGCAAACAGGUUGUGUCUAGCCUUACUGUCAAGAAUCCCAUUUCUCUGAGUAAUCUGAAGAUGGUGGCAGAAGCAAAGAGCCCUUUCAAGGGAUUCAGAGUUGUUUCCGUUGAUGUUGACCAUUCCAUGGAACCCACACUGAAAACUGUUCUCAAGGGCAGAUGGGAAAAGGAAAAUGGAAAACUGACAAUCGAAGGCGAAAACCUCGGAGAUCUGUACAGACGUAACAUCAAAGGAAGUGUUGCACUCAAGUCCACUGUGAAAAAUGCCGAGGACAUCAAGUUGAGCUUGUCUCACUCUGAUGGAUCAGGCCGAGUUUCUUCCAACGCUGCACUCAUCCAUAACGGAAAGCCUUACGGAUACGACAUGAACAUGAUCCACUCGCAGAACGGCUGGCAGGUCAAGAACUCUGGAGAUCUCGUUUUGACAAUGCCCAACACCAAUGUCAAGUCAAGCUGGAAUCACAAGAACGGUGACAAAUACAUCAAGUCGACUCUGACUUCCGACUGGGGAAAGAACCGUCUGCUCGUAGAUUUGGAUGGUUCCCAAGACCUUCUGUCUUCUGGUGCCCUGAGCGGUGAUGUCAAGAUCCAGACUCCGUGGAGAUCGUUCAGAAGUGUAGAUCUCUCUUUGAGCCACAAGCAAGGGCAGGGUCUCAUUUUGAACAAAGCCUCCCUUAAACAAAACGGCCAAGUGCAAGCCUCUUCUACCCUGAACUACAACGGCCACCCGUCCGGACUGGACAUUGAAUUUGCUCUGACGUCCCCAUACCAUGAAGACAUCAAUGGCAAGGUAAACAGCAAACACAGCGCCUAUCCAAUGACCGGUAUGGCUGAAAUCAGCUGGUCCCCCAGGUCUAAAGCUGUUAUGGAAGGUUCCGUGAACGUUGCAUCAUGGGAAAGCGCAAAUGUUGACUUGAAGUUGAUUACUCCUCUGAGAGAGUACCGCAACAUUGUCUUCAAAGCCUCCAACAAAGGCGAAAGGGGAGAAAUGGUAUCUCACAUGAACCUCGACUACGGAGUCCGAAAGAACAUCGACUUGGAAAGCAGAAUGGUCUACGGUGAGGCCAAGAAAAUGCUCCGGCUAAGAAUGACAACUCCUUUUGAGCAAAUGAAAUCCUUGGACACCGGACUCGCUGUUACAGGCGUUAUCACAAACUUCGAUGGAUCCGCAGACUUUGAAAUGUACCCAGCUGUUGGUAAGUUCCAGGGCUCUCUCAACUGGCAGUACGCCGACAACCUGAAGGCAAAUCUCCGCCUGGAAACUCCAUUCCCCGAGUAUCCUUACAUUGAGCUGUCAACAUCGAGCCAGAUGACGGGACGGUCCAGGCAGUCGUACAUCGCGGCAGAAUACUCUCCCCGCCAGAGAUACAGCUUGGACAGCACUUACACCUUCGAGAUGCCGUAUUCAUUUGAAGCCACCAUCAGCUCUCCUGUCCCCGAGUAUGACAACCUGGGCCUGACCUUCCAGCACAGUCACUCUCCAUCCAAACUGGUGUCUCACGGAGAGCUGCGUUACCAGCCGAGCAAGAAGAUUGAGGGUGAUGUGAACGUUGACUGGUCCGACCUUGUAGAGGGUACAGUCAUGCUCAAGACUCCAUUCGAAGGGUACGAGACGAGCAAAGUAAUGUUGAGACAUCAAGGCGACAUGGACGCCUUUAGCAGCCACGGAGAGGUGAACGUUGCAGAUAAGAGCGUGUCGGCUGAUGCCAGCUUCAACAGCGGCUACACCACCACAGGAACGUUCACCUUUAACAGUCCCAUCUCUGGACUGGAAAGUGUUGAAAUUUCCCUGAACAAAAGAGGUAACAGCAAAAAUAUUAGAGGUGGCGCCACAUUGGUACUGAAUGGAGACAGAUCUCAAGCCAGUUUCAACCAUAAAAUGAAGGACGGAGCACUGAAGUCAACUUUCAGCUUCUCCAGCCCCAACACUGAAACCUUCAAGGUCAGCAUCGACCACAAUGGCGCCCUGGACAGUUUCACCAACAAGAUGUCUCUCAACUAUGGCCGUCGUUACGACAUUGACACCAUCCUGGCCUUCGACCACAGACAGCCAGACAUCAGCGGUAAUGGCAUGAUCAAAUACAAACUGGCCGGUCCCCGAAAUGUUGCACGUGUGACUUUCAGCAAGACUGGUGAAGUUGAAGAUAUGGCCUUCAGCGGGACUGUCAGCUACAACAGAGAAGACAUCGGCGUACAGGGCUCUUGGAAACUUCUCAGUGGAAUGCAGGGUUCAAUUCAGGUGAGCACGCCUUUCGACGACUUCAGAAACAUCGGCGCCGUUCUGAUCCACAAUGGAGAUUCGAACAACUUUAAAACAGAGUCCAGCGUAACCUACAUGGACGGCCAGAGCAUUACCGGAAAAGUUGACCUGUCCUCCAACGGCUUGAGCAGAGUCCGCUUCAACACCGAGGUGGUUACUCCUUUCACAGAUCUGCAAAGAACAAUGCUGAGUGCGCACCACGACUAUGACGAGUACACCUUGGCUCUGUCUGGAGGGGCUACACUGACCACCACCAUCGGCCAGUUUGGACAAGGCAGUGUCACAUACAGCAAGUCAGGGGAUCUGGACAACUUUAGCGUUCAGCUCAACGGAAAAUACGCCGAUGACGAGGCCAUUGUUUCUGCAACGAAGAGCGGAUCUUUGGAUGAUUUGACCGUAAGCUCAAGACAUCAUCGACACCAAAAUCACCAACUCCCUCCAGUCCCGUUCCCUGAACACCGCUGUGAGUGUGAAGAGCUUCGUGACACCAGACGUUGAGUUGACCGUUGACCAUAGCGGAGUUUUCCUCAACAGCAACACCAAGGCUCAGGCCGUUCUGGGAAGCGACAACGUCCUGUCACUUGUGGCCACAGUCAGCAACAGCGGAGACGUGCUCGAUGGACAAGGUCAGCUCAACCUCCGGUCCAUGGACUACGGCAGUAGCCAGGGGUCGCUCACCGUCCACAAGGAGGGCAAGAUUGAUGACUUCAGCAUGACUGUUACCACUGAUCUCAACAACGACAAGUUCACUGUCACUGGAGCCAUGAAGGUCAAGGACGAAAUUACAGGAUCCGUAAAGCUGCAAACACCCAUCAGGGGAUACAGAAAUGUUGGAGUGUCCUUCAGGCACUCAGGUAACCUUGUCAGGUUCAACACGAACGGGGAUGUCACGCUGACUGACGACAAUCGUUACUCUGCCAAACUGGACUUUUAUCGGUCCAUGCUCCAACGUUUUGAAACGACUCUGGAAGUGACGACACCAAUUCGAGGCCACGAGUUCACCAAGUACGAGUACAGACACGAAGGUGGUCCAGACAGCUUCAAAUGCUACAAGUCACUCGAGUACGGAAACUCACAGAAAAUCACAUACGACCUUCAGGCAACCAUAUCUCCCGACCCCAACUUGAGUGUAACGUUGAAGACGCCGUUUGACAUGUACGAAGAUCUGUCGGCUUCUGCUUCUCUCGUCAACAACUGGCCGGUCGCUUCCAUCUCCGGCAAAGUCAAUGCUGGAAACGGCAACGUCGUGGCUCUCAACGGAGCUCUGGACGUGAGCUCAGACAUUUCAGGCUCCCUGUCUGUCACCACACCUCUGGAUGAUUUCUCUGAUGUUGGGCUCAGCUUCCAGCAUUCCGGUGACCUAAAUAACUUCAACUCAGAAGGCAGAGUCACUUACAUGGACAACAAAGAUGUCUCUGGUAAACUGAGAUACAAACGGAAUGGUGCUCGUAUUGUUGCCGAACUCAAGACGCCCGUCACUGGUUACGAGCUGACCAGAUUCGAGUACAAAGAGAACAACAACCAGCGAAAGGCUUUCUCUGAGGGCUCUCUCUUGUAUGGAGACAACCAGGUACUCCAAAGUACUGUCAAGAUUGUCUAUCCUCCAAACCCAGAAAUGAUGGUCACUCUCAAGACGCCGAUCAGAAACUAUGAGGACAUAUCUGUGUCCUACUCGUUGGACACAAAAGGACCUCAGUACAAACUGGAGAGCAAUGCCAACAUGGGUAACGGUCGUAGCGUCACUUUGAACGGUGGUUGUGACUCUUCUGACGACAUCUCGGCUUACGCAACCCUGAACACACCAGUCUCUGGCUACAGGAACCUCGGGGUGGAUUUCCACCACUCUGGAAACGACCAGAAGUUUACAACCCAGGGAAAGAUCACUUACGCUGACAACAAAGACAUCAGUGGAAAGGUUAAUUUCUACCGGUACAUGUGGCGUCGUGUGACUGCUUCGGCGGAACUGAGUGCUCCUUUCUCUGGCCUGGAAAACACCAAAGGUGAGGUGAACUUUGAGGACAGAUCCACCAGUAUGAGCGCGUCGUCAUCUUUGCAAUACGGAAGUGACCAGAAGCUUGACGGCAGUGUCAAACUGACCUACUCUCCAAACUACGACUUGCUCGUGACGAUCAACACUCCUUUUGAUGAUCUCAGGAACGUUCGCGCCGUGGCUACCGCCGACCUCAAUGCCCCAAGCUACAUGGUGACCAGCGGCCUCGUAUACGGCUACAACAAAGCCUACUCUGCCAACGGAAAACUGAACCUGUUCUCUGCCCAAAGGCUUGACGCUUCCCUGGAGGUACAGACGCCUAUUACAGGUCUCGAGAGGACCAAAGUCGAGUAUAACCACAAUGUCGACUCCUCCAGCAUUCAAGGCUCCACCUCUUUGGCCUAUGAGAACGGACGCAAGACGAUCAGUGCUGAGCUUCAGUCCAGCAUCUACCCAUCUCUGGACGCCAGCGUCACAGUGAAAACUCCCGUCUAUGGGUACAGCAGCGUGCAGGGGGCACUGACCUACGACAGCUCUUACAACAAGUACGAGGCUUCCAGCUCUCUCAAGGUCGAAGGUCGCAGCCUGUACACCAUGAACUCCGGUCUUGAUUACUCCGUGGAACCCAUUAGAGUCUUUGCCAAGAUCUCCACCCCACACACCGACUUCCGCAACGUGGAACUUGUCUUGACGCACGAGGGUCAGUUCGACAACUUCAAGUGUACCGGAUUCCUGGCCUCUCCACUCACGGACAACGUCAACGCCCAGGCGUCCCUGGACUACAAGAGUCCAUACGACAUGAGCCUGAGCACAUCCGUGAAGAGCUCGCUGGCCGGCAUGGACGACCUCAAGUUUGAGCUAAAGAAUUCUGACAUCGCCGGGGAGAAGAAGAUGAGCGCUGUUGCUGGAUGGACCGACGGUCAACAGGUCCAGACAGACGUCAUGUACCGCUCACAGGAGACCUGGUACGAGGACAAGACUCAUGCUGACGUCAGCCUGUCCACUCCGUUCGCCGCCCUGCGCAGCCUGGCUGUACAGACCGAGCAGACGAGAAAGAGUCAAGGCCGUGAAGGAAAAUUGGCAAUCGACAUGAACGGUGCCCAGCUCCUGGACGUGAGUGGGGAGUACAGCUCCAAGGACAAACACGAGGCUUCCUUGACCUUCAACCGGCCAUGGCCCAUGCAGUACUCAGCAAGCGGCUUCAACACCGAAGGUCACAUGGAAGCUGAUGUGAUGGCCAAUUGGAACAGAGAUGACUUGACCAGCAACGUGCACCUGGUGGCUGUGGUCAACGACAAGUCUGACGAUUACGUCACCGACAGGGCUGUGGAUAUGAGUGUUGAGAGGUCAUCUCGCAAAAUGGGCGUGUCUCACACCCAGAAGGUGUCCGGCUCCCAGCUGACCAGUACCGGCAAGAUGUUCUGGGACUCUGGCGAUGAGGACAAGGUCUCCUACGACCUGACCGUCACCGACAACAGCCGGCGCAACAAAGACGUGACUGAGGGCAGCCUCAAGCUGGGCCUUCCUUUCAAGACUCUCGAACUCUCUGGAUCUAUGAGCGACAGCCCAGCUGCCAAAACAGCCGACGCCACCUUCAGCUGGGACGCAGAGCGAGACAGCAGCAAACAGGUCGGUGUCAAAGCCACCAUGAGGAGAGGGAAAUCUCUGCGUGGUGACAUCACUCUCAACAUGCCCUCCAUCAGAAAGGAGAUCCGCGUGGACGGUGAGCUCAUGCUCAACAACGGCCGCAUCAUCCUGGACUCCAAGACCGACAUCUCUUACUCCAGCGACGCCAGCAAGACCUUGACCCUGACCUCCAAGGUACAGGAUAUCUCUGACUACUACAGCAACUACAACUACAGCGUCGAGCUGGGCCUGAGCCACCCGUAUACCAACAUUGACCUCAAGAUGACCUCUCACCUGGGAAGUUCUGACGAGCGCAUGACCGUUGGCGUGGAGACGAGCUACCUGACCGCCCGCAGACAGACCAAGAACCUGGCGCUACUGGCUGAGAUCAACAAACUCAAGAGACAGAUCAGUGUGCAGAUGUCCAACCCCAUGAACAAGAUCGAGAUCAUGGGUGACGUUGUGAGCACCAGCCCGUCCAAGCUGAGACUUUUGAACAGGAUUGACGACGCCGAGGUGUUCCGCUCCGAGCUCACAGUAGACAGUGACAAGAAGUCUGCCGAGAUCAGCAUAGUCAUGGACUCUGAAAAGUUCAGCCUUCACGCCCAAUACCCAAACAGCAGCGCUUUCCGCGCCUACGCCAGUCACUGGACACCCGAGGUGAGCCACCAGGAGGCGCUGCUGGCCCUUCGCCUCAACACGACACGUCUCCUGCACUCCCACCUGCACUGGAGGCCCGCCUUGUGGGCGGAGCUUACUGCCGGAGUCGAGGAGAGAGCCGCACGUGCCGGGGUCAAGUCCGCUGAGAUGUGGGAGCUGGUCAAUGAGGCUGUGGCUGACGAGACACAGUGCACAACACCAGCUACGUAGACUACAUCGCAAACAGAUUUGUAGAGGUCAAGAAUGUGGACAUUUCACCCUACAUCACUUCCAUUGAACUGCCAGAAGAAUACAGCAACGCCAUCUACAGCGCUAGAGACUCCGCAGUGUCCGGUAUGAAGGACUUGUGGGAGCGACCAGAGAUCGACAUUGUCAGGGGAAAUCUUAACAAAGUCUACCAGCAGGGUUCUUGGGCUUACAAGUACUGGAACGUAGAGGAAAACCUGAAGAAAAACCUGGGACGUGCCAUGACCUUGUUGAGGGAGAUCGUGGAAGAGGAACUCAAAGAGAUGACAACUGAGGUCAAAGCCCUGUACCAGAACCCCAUCACUGUGUGGAUGCCAGAGCAAGGAGAGAUCCAGGCACAGCUGGCCCUGCCCUUUGACCUCCAGAGACUGGACCAGGUCCCUGACGUGAGCCCCCUGGUCAACAAGGUGGAGGAGAUUGGCCAAGAGGUCGUGACCUACUUGCCUGACCACAGCACCUGGGAGGACAUCAAGCAGACCGUGUCUGGCCUGUGGCCGGUCCAGGAGGAGGGACAAGUGGAGCCGCUGGGGAAGUACCAAACCUCCAGGCAGUACCGUCAGCUCAAGAGGGGAGGCAGAAAGGUCAACAAGAUGAGAAAAUACGGGCAGUAAAA